AUGUUCGCAGGCGAGCACAUCAAUACAUCGGAAGAUCGUGCCGUCUUGCAUAUCGCUUUGCGCAACUUUGACGACUUCAAGAUUCAGGAGGAGGGCGUUGAUGAGGUUGGGGGCGUUCUCGCGCACAUUAAAGAGUUUUCUGAAGCCGUACGGGGCGGAAGUUGGAAGGGUUACACUGGCAAGACCAUUAACACGAUCGUAAACAUUGGUAUUGGUGGAUCGGAUCUCGGUCCAGUCAUGGUUACCGAGGCGCUGAAGGCGUACGCCAAACGAGACCUUACUGCACAUUUUGUAUCGAAUAUCGACGGCACUCACCUUGCUGAGACCCUCAGGAUUUCAAAACACUUUGUCGCGCUGAGCACCAACACCAAGGCCGUCACUGCUUUUGGUAUCGAUAAAGCGAAUAUGUUUCAAUUCUGGGACUGGGUUGGUGGGCGAUACAGCUUGUGGAGUGCAAUUGGUCUGUCGAUCGCGUUGUACAUUGGAUACGACAACUUUGAAAGGCUAUUGAAGGGUGCACACGGGAUGGAUAAGCACUUCAAAGAAACACCUUUGGAAAGCAACUUGCCCGUGCUGAUGGCCGUUAUUGGUGUCUGGUACAACGAUUUCUACGGUUCUCAAACGCAUGCUCUCCUACCUUACGACCAAUAUCUUCACAAGUUUGCGGAUUACUUCCAACAGGGUGACAUGGAGUCUAAUGGCAAGUUUGUAACCAAAGGUGGUCAGCGAGUGGAUUAUCAAACUGGGCCUAUCAUUUGGGGUGCAGCUGGUACCAAUGGUCAACAUUCCUUCUAUCAGCUCGUACAUCAAGGCACGAAGCUCAUUCCUGCCGAUUUCCUUGCUCCUGCUACCACACACAACCCAAUUGCUGCAUCCAAGCAUCACCGCAUCCUGCUUUCCAACUACUUCGCCCAGCCCGAAGCUCUGGCUUUCGGAAAGACAGAAGAAGAGGUCCGCAAAGAGGUUGGUAGUAAUGCUAGCGAGGCCCUUGUGAAGAGUAAGGUGUUCGAAGGCAACAGGCCCAGUAACAGCAUCUUGUUCCCGAAGAUGACGCCCAACAUGCUGGGCGCUCUCAUUGCUUUGUAUGAGCACAAGAUUUUUACGCAAGGUGUCAUCUGGGGUAUCAACUCUUAUGAUCAAAUGGGUGUCGAGCUUGGCAAAGUUCUUGCGAAAAACAUUUUGGCUCAGCUUGGUAAGCCUGAAGACGUCAAGGGUCACGAUAGCUCGACGACGGGUCUUAUCCACUACUAUCAGAAGCACAGGAAGGAGUGA